AUGAAACCUAGUGAGAAAUUAGAGAUUCGAGGAUACAUAAAAGUGCGGUGUAGUUUAGGAAUUACUGCUGAGAAGAUUCUGAAUGAAGUGCAUAGUCACUUUGGAAUCAAUAGUGUUUCGAAAAGCACUGUGUACAGGUGGUUCAAAGCAUUCACCAAUGGAUUGGAUAAUGUCAAAGACAGGAACCGUUCUGGCAGACCUCAGACAGCAAUCACUUCAAGAAACAUUGCUGCUGUGAAAAAUCUAAUAAUAGAUGAUGCUCGGUACACGGUACGCGAGAUAGCUUAUUAUUUGAACUUAUCAACGGGUACCAUUCAGAGCAUUCUGACGAAGGAAUUGAAUUUAAGAAAAGUUUGUGCAAGAUGGGUACCCCAUCUCCUGACCGAGGACCAGAAAAAGGAAAGAGUGCGUCUUGCGAAAGAAACAUUGAAAAAAUUCAAAAAUCUCAAUUCAAGGAAAAUAAAUGAACUGAUUACGGGAGACGAAACAUGGAUCUACUAUUUUGAGCCCCAGAGACGCAUAAACAACAAGCAAUGGCUCCGCAAGGACCAAGCUAGACCCACCAUUGCUAAAAGGACUAAGAGCGCUAAAAAAGUGAUGUAUGCGGUUUUCUUUAAUUCGCAAGGCCCUGUGGUACAAGUUGCAGUUGCAGGAGGGAAAACUGUCACUGGAAAGUUCUACCGGGAUAAGAUUUUGAAACGUGUCAAUGCGUUUUAUGAAAAUCGUCGUCCAAGAACUGGUUUAAGAGGGUUGUACCUCAUUCAUGAUAACGCUUCAUCUCAUAAAUGUGAUAUAGUACAAAGGUUCAUCGAGGAAGAAAAAAUUGUACAAGUGAAGCACCCCCCUUAUUCUCCCGAUCUAAGUCCGUGCGACUUUUUUCUCUUCCCCGAAGUCAAGAAACGGCUUUCUGGACGGCGUUACGCAUCACACAGCGCGCUGGAAAGUGCCCUCUACCAGUGCCUUUUGGGUAUCCCCAAGGGGAACUACUCUGACGCUUUCCGGAGGUGGAUAGAUCGACUUCAGAAGUGCAUUCGGGUUCAUGGAAACUAUUUUGAGGGAUUAAAAUAG